GAGGUGGAGACGGUUGUGAAAGCCUCGGUGAUGACUCCUAACACCGGCGGUCCGAUCCACAUGGUUCUGGGAAUCACGCAGGCGGGUCCAGAUAAUCCAGCUCGAUCCAUCCCCCAGGAAGAUGCAGGUUCAGUGGGAGGAGGAGAUCAGACCACCCCAUGGACUCCCAACAGCACCACCUGGGUCGAGCCUGAAGCUCCACCGGACAGAACCUUUGUCAUCAGAACUGAGAACGCUCUCAAACACACAUUUCUGUCUAAAACGGUGAUCCGGCCCGAGACCUGCACCCCCUGUGGGAAGAGGGUCCGCUUUGGCAGGGUGGCAGUGAAGUGCAGGAACUGUCGUGUUGUUGCUCAUCCUGAGUGCAAACAGAAGCUGUCGGACCACUGCUCAGCCUCCAACACCCCCACAGGAAGUCAGACUCAGGACACCCUGGAAGCCUUCGCUCCGCCCACUCAUCCCAGAGUUCCUCAGCUGGUGGUGGACUGUGUGGCCGAGAUCGAGAGGAGGGGUCUGCAGGAGAACUGGACGAGUCCAGCGCCACUGCUGUCCUGUACCGGGUCAUCUCUGAGCUGCCCGGGCCCAACAGAGACACGCUGGCCUUCCUCAUGCUUCACUUCCACAAGGUGAUGCGGAGCCCCAAGUGCCAAAUGGACCAGAACAACUUGGCCCGGGUGUUUGGACCAACCAUAGUGGGUCAUGGGAUGUCGGAGCCCACUCCAACAACCAUCAUGAGGGACACGGCCGUCCAGCCCAAGGUUGUCCUUCACCUGCUGUCCCUCCCUGAGGACCACUGGAGACAGAUCCUGAUGGCCCACAUGGAUCAGAACCCGUCCUGCUCCAAUAAGAUGAGCCAUAAAGAAGGACCUGGAGAGUCCAGCACAGGUCGUUUUUUUCCACCGCUGAUGUCCCCAGAGCAGAAAAACUUCUACAAGCUGUCCAGCCAAGAGUUUGUGAGAGACCGCCUGAUGAACCCGGGGACCAGCUCCAGCAGAACAGAGCAGCCUGAGAUCAGGAGGAAGUUCUUCACGUCCCCCAGCUGAUCUACAGGCUCCUCACCUGGUCCAGUCAGCUCUUACCUGAUCCUCACCUGGUCCAGUCGGCUCUUACCUGAUCCUCACCUGGUCCAGUCGGCUCUUACCUGAUCCUCACCUGGUCCAGUCGGCUCUUACCUGAUCCUCACCUGGUCCAGUCGGCUCUUACCUGAUCCUCACCUGGUCAUAUUGG